GUCCCUCGGACACUGCGGAUCACCGAUUAACGGAAAGAGCCGAAGAUGUCGGCUCGGUCAUGUGAUCAGCUGUGUCCAAUCACAGCUGAUCACAUGUAAAUAGCAACACCUCAGUGCCACCUGUCAGUGUCCAUCAGUGGCAGCUGUCAGUGCUCAUCAAUGCCACCUGCCAGUGCCCAUCAGUGCCACAUCAAUGCCACAUAGCAGUGCCCAUCUGAGCUGCCUUUCAGUGUUACCUAUCAGUGCCAGUCAGUGCCACCUAUCAAUGCCAGUCAGUGCUACCUAUCAGUGCUGCCAAUCAGUGCCAGUCCUAUCAAUGCCAGUCAGUGCUACCUAUCAGUGCUGCCAGUGCUGCCUAUCAGAGCACGUCAGUACCGCCUGUCAGUGCCGCCUAUCAGUGCAUGUCAGUGCCACCUGUCAGUGCCGCCUAUCAAUCCCAUAUAUGAGUGCUGCCUUUCAGUGCCCAUCAAUGAUGCCUGUCAAUGCCCAUCAGUGCCACCUACCAGUGUCUCCUCAUCAGUGCCCAUCAGUGUCACCUAUCAGUGUCCAUCAGUGCAGCCUACAAGUGCCCAUCACUGCAGCCUCAUUAGCGCACAUCAGUGAAGGAAAAAAAUCACUUAUUUACAAAAUUUUAUAACAAAAACAAAGAAAAAACAUUUUUUUUUCAAAAUUUUCAGUGGUUUUUGGUUUGUUUAGCAAAAAAUAA